UGGCCAAGGCGUGCUUCCAUGUGAUUCCUACUCCCCUUCCUCUUCCUUUAAAUCCUACCACCCCCUCCCCUCUCUGUAUCUUUCUUCCAAUUAUACGUCUGCAAAUUCAUAAUCCAUUCAUUUCAAUACUCCAAUUGCUCUCAGACAACUUCUUAAAGGAAGUGAUUGUGGUCAGCGGAGGUUAAAUUCUGUUUGUGCUAUAAUUGAUCCAAAUUAAGAACAAUUGAAAAACGGUUUUUCUGUUUAUGGCGUCGUCAACGUUGAUUCCGAAUCCGGUAACGAACAACACAGACAGAGCACGUGAUUCAUCGAAAAGGAGAAAGAGAAAGAAAAUCCAAAGGCAAUCUACUGUUAAUGGUAGAGAUCAGAUCAGUCAGAACUUGAAUUCCUGUAACAAUCAUAUUACGCCAUGGAAAUCGGAAGUUCAACAGCAAGUUUACAGCUCGAAACUCCUUCAAGCUCUCCGUCAAGUCCGACAGACCUCCGGUAUCGGUACCGGCGCUUCUCCUACUAAAUCUCCCGGCCGCGGACGCGCCGUCCGUGAGGCCGCUGACCGAGUCCUUGCCGUCACGGCAAAAGGCCGUACACGAUGGAGCCGUGCGAUUCUCACAAAUAAACUCAAACUUAAAUUCAUGAAGAGUAACAGAAGACAGAGAGGAAUGGUUGCGACGGCGACCGGCAAUAGCCGGUUAAAGAAACCGAGAGUGAGUAUAUUGAGGUUGAAAACAAAGAACUUGCCGGCCGUUCAACGGAAAAUGCGUGUUCUCGGAGGCUUAGUUCCCGGUUGCCGGAAACAAUCGUUGCCGGUUGUAUUAGAAGAAGCGACUGAUUAUAUCCCAGCUCUUGAGAUGCAGGUUAGAGCCAUGGCUGCUCUCGUUAACCUUCUCUCCGGUGGAUCCAGUUCUACACCCGUCUCCGGCGCCGAUAGUUUUAGCCGGCCACCACCCAACUUAUGAUAGCGAUACCCUCUCAGUCUUUCUAUUUUCCUAUUUUGUUUUUUUUUUCCUUUCUCUUUUUUACUGUCACUGUUAAAAUACAUUCUCUUCUUUUAUUUGUUAUUUUCUUGUUACCCUUUUUA